UGCUGCCAACACUAACGAGCUGUUCCCCAUGCCUCUCUGUCAUGGCAAGCGGAUUGAGGAAUCAACCAUAGAUCAAUUACAGGACUACCUCUCGCGAGGCGAGCUCAAUUCACAACAAUUAGCCUUCUGUUACCUCCAGCGGAUGUGGCAGACAGACGAAUACAUCAAUUCUGUUCUCGAAGUGAAUCCCGACUUCUUUGAGAUUGCACACGCUCUGGACGCUGAACGGCAAUCAGGUCACGUUCGAGGUCCUUUACAUGGCAUACCAUUCAUGGUAAAGGAUAACAUUGCGACCAAGGACCUCAUGCAGACCACAGCAGGGAGCUGGGCUCUCCGAGGCUCCGUUGUGCCGCGCGAUGCACAUGUCGUACAGAAGCUACGUGCAGCAGGCGCGCUUCUGUUGGGCAAAGCUACGCUCAGCGAGUGGGCUGAUAUGCGGUCCAACAACUACUCCGAAGGAUACUCUGCGCGAGGCGGCCAGUGUCGCUCUGCUUAUAACCUGACUCUCAACCCAGGUGGCAGCAGUUCAGGUUCCGCUGUCGGAGUCGCGGCCAAUGUCUUCCCCUUUUCUCUAGGGACCGAAACCGACGGCAGCGUCAUCAAUCCAGCGGAACGCAAUGCCGUUGUGGGUCUCAAGCCUACUGUUGGACUCACAUCGCGAGCAGGUGUCGUGCCCGAGUCGUUGAACCAAGAUAGCGUAGGAGUGUUUACGAAAAGCGUGAGGGAAGCGGCAUACGUCCUCGAUGCUAUAUACGGUCCGGACGAGAGAGACAACGAGACUUUCGCGCAGACUGGUCACUCUCCAAAGCACGGCUAUGCUCCAUUCCUGUCUGAUCGAAACGCCUUAAGAAAUGCUUCCUUUGGAUUGCCAUGGAACAGCUUUUGGCGAUUCGCCAGCUCUGAGCAACAGGAUGUCCUUACCAGUAUGAUUCAGGUGAUAGAAGAGGCUGGUGCGACGAUCGUGAACAACACAGAGCUACAGGACUACGAGACAAUCAUAUCUCAAGAUGGCUGGGACUGGGACUAUGGCACAACUCGUGGCUUCCCGAAUGAAAGUGAAUACACAUACAUUAAAGUGGACUUCUAUCGUAACAUUGCUGUCUAUCUCGCGGAGCUCAACAAUACCGACAUUCGAUCAAUUGAAGACAUUGUGGAAUACAACUAUGCCAACGAUGGCAGCGAAGGAGGAUAUGCUUGGCCCCUCGGUAUUCCCGCUUUCUACUCUGGUCAAGAUGGCUUCCUUGCCAGCAUGGCAACAAAGGGCGUGCAGAAUGAAACAUACUGGCAAGCACUGAAUUUCUGUCGAGCAAGCACCCGAGAACGUGGUAUUGAUCAUGCACUGUCUCUGGGACCCAAUGGCAGCAAGCUGGAUGCAUUGCUCGUGCCCCCAGAUGUUGGCCAGACCUAUCAGAUUGCGGCACAGGCGGGCUAUCCGAUGAUUACCAUCCCAGCCGGAAUCAGCUCCGAGGAUGGCAUGCCGUUUGGACUCGCUUUGAUGCAGACAGCAUGGGCUGAGGAUGCCCUGGUGAAAUGGGCUUCGGCGAUUGAAGAUCUGAUGACAGAUACGCCGUACAAGCGCACGCUGCCCAAGUGGCAUGGUUACUUGGAGCGCAACAUACCUAUCCUUUGAGGAAUGCUUAGAGAUGUUGUAAAAAAGGGCACCAGAAGUCUAUCUGAUAAGAUGCCAUCGUUGAACAGCGGCAGACCCGAGUGUAAGGAAUCAUUCGAUCUCGAAGCACAUGUGAAAGCGCAAGGAGUUGAGUUGAAAUGCGAUUCUCUGUAGGUCAGGUAUAUGAAGAUGCAUGAUCCGCAUCGUGUUCACGGGCUUUGAAACCUUACCUACCAGGCGUGAAAGGUCGAAUCUGUCAGGAAACAUAUGUCUGGUCUCCCUUUCCUCAGGUGCGAUACUACAUCCACUCAUCAAUCAUUCCCGAGAAGAAAAAAGAAGAAAGGUUCAAACAAACUUCACCUCACCACCAAAUUCCCACUCCUCACCGCCCCGCCCGUAGCAGCAGCCAAUCCUCCACCCCGCUUCGUCCCCGACGACGAGGACGAUGGCGGUGGAUCGGUCAUCAACGCAUGCAAGCUGAGAUCCUUCCACGCCGGCUCCCGCGUCUUCUGCUGCGCACGUUGAAUCCCAAACGCGGCAUGCUGGUCCGGCACGAGAUCUUCUUCGUUGUCCGGAUUGAGAGGCUGAUGUUGCGGUGCUACGAGGAUUUCUUCGGCGGGGAGCUUGAUGCGCGUGAAGUCUUCGAGGAGGUCGGCGUGGUGCGCCGCGUGCAUGUGUAGAUGGCUGAAUGAGGAAUCGCGCGACAUGUUGGAGUUUCUUUUUUUUGUUUUCUUUUUCUUCGUCGGUGAUUUCACGUAUUGUACGGUGAGGGCAGGGUCUCGUGGAGAUGUGUUGUGUUGAGGUAUCGCAUACAGCCUGAUACAGGUACGAUAAGGUAAUCGCGCACGCACAGUCCGUCGGCAGGAAGGACUCCGCUCCAAUGGAACCUGGAAUGGAAGGUUAGGUACGAAGGUACUGGUUCGGUACGGUGCGGUACGG